UCAAAUAUUUUGGUCAGACGGGAAAAAGCAGAUGUCUCUAGAUUGGGAAAGACGGUACAACAUCAUUUUGGGAAUUGCUCGAGGACUUCUCUAUCUUCAUCAAGAUUCUAGAUUCCCAAUUAUUCAUAGGGAUCUUAAAGCAAGCAACAUUCUCCUUGACAACGAGAUGAACCCCAAAAUUUCAGACUUUGGCUUGGCUAGAGCUUUUGGGGGAGAAGAAACAAAAAUGACGACUAAGAGAAUAGUUGGGACAUACGGAUACAUGGCUCCAGAGUAUGCGUUGAAUGGUAUCUUCUCAAUAAAAUCUGAUGUAUUUAGCUUUGGGGUCUUGGUAUUAGAAAUUAUAAGUGGCAAAAGAAACAAAGGAGUCUAUUUCUCUCGGUCUGAGGAGCAUCUUUUAGGUGAAGCUUGGAAUUUUUGGAAGAAAGGUGAAGGCUUGCAAGUAGUUGAUGCAUCCUUGGAUUGCUCAAUUGGUACCGCUGAGGUUUUAAGAUGUAUGAAAGUUGGAUUGCUAUGCGUUCAGGAGAGCCCUGAGGACAGACCAACAAUGUCGUCUGUUGUUUUGAUGUUAGGUGGCGAUAGCGACCACGCUUUGCUGCCAGGGCCUAAACAACCAGGUUUUGUGGCAAGAAAGCAUUUUUUGACUAAUCAUUCAUCGUCAAAGAUGGAUAUAUUACACAGUGUGAAUGGCGUAACAAUUACGAUGCUUGUAGCCAGGUAAUAAGCACUCAUAUCGGUUCUACCUCAAUAAUAGCGUUGUUAAAUUCUUAUGGGUAUGGAGCAUUCAUAUUCAUAAGGUGAAAACGUACUGGGCAGUUUGUCUCCAACUAAGCUGGCCUAUUAUCCAACUCGUUUGAAUUGGAGUACUAGACCACAGAUUGUUGAUAGUAAAUAAUAGGUAUUGGUGAUGUAGAUGAGAUGUAAACUUUGAGAUUUAAUCAUUUUUUCACUAAG